AUGGGCGGCCGACAAUCAUCGGUUGCCGAGGAAAGACCGCGCUCGAAUUCGGUGGACACCGCGCAGGUCUCGGCGCGACACACCGCGCAACGAAACGCGCUCAAUGCGUCCGAAUUCAUGCAGACGAUGCGAAACGCGCGAUUCUUGAGCUCGUCGUCAGAUUCGAACGGCUCCGAAGAUGACGCCGGACCAUCGUCAUCGUCACAGCAUGGAAGAUCAAGAAACAUGGGUUCCCAUUUGCGCGCCGGACGCCUUCACGGACACCAAAGUCGACGAUCGGUUCCUGUUUUUAUGAUGGAUAUGACGUGCCCGGUUUGCCAUAAAGUCGUCCCUUCCGACGACGCCGACAUCCAUUUAGUAAUGUGCCUUACUCGUCCCAAAAUUACCUAUAACGAUGAUGUAUUGAGAGAAGGAAAGGGCGAAUGCACUAUUUGCCUUGAAGAAAUGAAUGCGGGUGACAAAAUUGCACGACUUCCGUGCCUUUGCAUUUACCAUAAACAAUGUAUUGAUGACUGGUUCAAGAGGAAGAACUGCUGUCCUGAACACCCGGGUGAUGAAUAA